AUGGAGCUUUCUGAUCAAAUCAAUGUCACCAAAAUCAACAAACCAAAACAACCUCCAAAGCGUUUCGUGAAGAACCAAAUCCCCGAAUCGAUCCUCGGCGACGCAUCGCUCAACGCCGCAAUCUCACUCCUCCCAUCGAUUUACCAAUUCGAGGUCCACAAAUGCGUCUGGAGAAUCAAAUCGUCAAACGCCAAACGCAUCGCUCUGCAGCUCCCCGAGGGUCUUCUCAUGUACGCUCUCACCCUCUCCGACAUCUUCACAUCUUUCGCCGGAGCCUCACACUGCUUCGUCCUCGGCGACGUCACUUACGGAGCCUGCUGCGUCGACGAUUUCUCCGCCUGUGCGCUCGGCGCCGACUUGCUCAUCCACUACGGACACAGCUGUCUCGUCCCUAUCGACUCCACGAAAAUCCCUUGCCUUUACGUCUUCGUCGAGAUCCAGAUCGAUGUCAAAUGCUUGUUGAACACAAUCCAUCUCAAUCUCUCGAACGAUGACGCCAAGAACAUAAUCCUCGCGGGGACGAUUCAGUUCACUUCCGCGAUUAGAGCCGUGAAGCCGGAGCUGGAGAAGCAAGGGUUUAGCGUUUUGAUCCCUCAGUCAAAGCCUUUAUCGGCUGGUGAAGUCUUGGGCUGCACAGCUCCUAAGAUCUCGAGAGUUGAUGAUGGUUGUAAAGACGCGGUUUUGGUGUUUGUAGCUGAUGGGAGGUUUCAUCUAGAAGCGUUCAUGAUAGCGAAUCCGAAGAUCAAGGCGUUUAGGUAUGAUCCUUAUCUUGGGAAGCUGUUUUUGGAAGAGUAUGAUCAUAAGGGAAUGAGAGAGACGAGAAGGAGAGCGAUUGCGAGGGCAAAGGAGGCUAAGACUUGGGGGAUUGUGUUGGGGACAUUGGGAAGGCAAGGGAACCCUAAGAUUCUUGAGAGGUUGGAGAUGAAGAUGAAGGAGAGAGGGAUUGAUAGCACGGUGGUUUUGAUGUCGGAGCUUAGUCCGACGAGAGUGGCUUUGUUUGAGGAUUCGGUGGAUGCUUGGGUGCAAAUAGCGUGUCCGAGGCUUUCUAUAGAUUGGGGUGAGGCGUUUCUGAAGCCGCUUCUGACGACUUUUGAGGCUGAGAUUGCGUUAGGGUUUGUACCUGGUUGGUGGGAGAAGGGGACUUUGAGCAGAGGAGGAGGAGAGUCUUCUUGUUCUUCGUCUGGAUGUUGCAAAGAGGAGAAAGAAACAAGCUGUGCUUGUGGAAGUGAAAAGGUGAAGAAAGAUGAGGAUGAUGAUGGGGUUAUGGAUGGAGACUAUCCAAUGGAUUAUUAUGCGCAAGAAGGUGGAGAAUGGAACUCGUCUUAUCUCAAGAAGCCAUCUCGUCCCGUUCGGAGAAACCCUUUACCUUCUUCUGUUGUUUAG